GGGUAACGUCCCAAUUUAUUUCGGUGCUCGCUGGAGCUCUAACUUUCAAGUUCACAAAGCCUCUCAUUUCCAAAAAAAAAAUCACAAAGCCUCUAUAUUCCUUUUAUUUUCCCAAUUAUCUGUUACUGGGUUCUUGAUUCUUUCUGCAAGUUCAUUGCAAAUCAAAGUGGGCAACCUGUAGCGAUGGUUAUACAUCUCAAAUUUCGCAACUUUUCCUUCCCAAUUCAAUCGAAAAGGUCAGAAACCCUAAACCCUUUUACGCUAUUCAUCAGACAUUGUCAUUUUCAAUCGAACCCACCUUUCAAUUCUCCAUCUCCGGCACCACCCAAAACUUCCCAAACCAGCGUUGCAAUUUUCUGGGAUUUAGAAACCAAACCCCCAAAAUCCGUCACGCCGUUCGAGGCCGCCGGCAGGCUCAAGACGGCGGCUUCGUCGUUCGGGCUCGUCAGGCAUAUGAUCGCAUACGCCAACCGCCACGCGUUUAAUUGUGUUCCUCAAGUUGUGGGGAAGAUAAGGAAAGAGAGGGAUAGGGAAGUGAUUAGGGAUGAGCCCAACAUUUGUAGGGUAUGUGGGAGGAGGUUUUAUACUAAAGAGAAGCUUAUGAAUCAUUUUAAGCUGCAUGAGAGGGAACACAUGAAGAGGUUGAGUCAAAUCGAGUCGGCGAGAGGGAGUAGGAGGGUGAAAUUGGUGGGGAAGUAUUCAAUGAAGAUGGAGAAGUAUAAGAAUGCAGUUAGGGAUGUGAUGAUACCAAAGGAAGGGAAUAGUUUGGUUAGUGAGCUGAAGCGGGCGGGGUUUUGGGUUCGGAGUUUGGCUGAUAAGCCACAGGCUGGAUUUGUUGCAUUGAGAAAUGACAUUUUGGAGAUGAUGGAUCAGAGGAGGUUUGAGUGUUUGGUGCUUGUUUCGGAUGAUUCGGAUUUUGUGGAUGUUGUGAUGGAGGCGAGGAGGAGGUGUGUGAAGACAGUUGCUGUGGGGGAUUUAGGUGAUGGGACUCUGAAGAGGGCUGCGGAUUCAGGGUUUUCUUGGAGGGAGAUUUUGUUGGGGAAGGCUAAGAAGGAGGCAGUGGCGGUUGUGGGGAAGUGGAAAGACCGUGAUAUAUUGAAGAGAUUGGAGUGGAAAUACAAGCCAGAUGAGGAUAGGAGGGUGCAUAGCUUGGAUGGUGGAGUUGAUGGUGAGAGUGAGGAUGAGGAAAUUGGAAGUAUUGUUAAUGGUAUGAAUGACAAUUGUUUGCGGAGCGAUGAUACCGGCAAAUGGUGGGAGCUUGACUCUGAUGCUGAUGCCAUUUCAUAACUUGGAUGGCGAAGUUGAUGGUGAGAGUAUGGAUGAGGAAAUUGGAAGUAUUGUUCGUGGGAUGAAUGACAAUUGUUUGCGGAAUGAUGAUACUGGUAAAUGGUGGGAGCUUGACUCUGAUGCUGAUGCCAUUUCAUAACCUGGAUGGUGAAGUUGAUGGUGAGAGUAUGGAUGAGGAAAUUGGAAGUAUUGUUGGUGGGAUGAACUACAAUUGUGUGCGGAAUGAUGAUACCGGCAAAUGGUGGGAGCUUGACUUCUAUGCUGAUGCCAUUUCCUAACAAUUGUGUCAAUGACUGUUUCUGGUUGAUGGUGAUUAUGUUACUGAGAUUGAGAUUGUGCUUUGUGACCAGCUUGCAAGUAGAAGGAUAGUAUCAUUGAGGGUCACCCAGGUAUUGGAAGUGUAUUGAUCCAAUUGAUAUGGACCACGGUCUAAGGCUGGCUUAGAGGGAGGACCGGUAAGUUAUGUUGAGCAUGUGGAAGAAGAAAUUAGAAAUGAAAGCCAUAAAAAGAUCCCUGUGAAAAGUCUUGCUCUGUACAGUGAACCACUUCCAGAAGGCGUGCGAUUGAAGUACACUUCUUACUUCAGAUCAGAUACCAUGGAGCGAAUGUGUGCUAUUUCCCUACUUUCUGUAUAGUAUAGCACAGCCAGAAGGUGCAAGCAAAUUUGCAUCAUGGCAUUGGAUGCUAAGAUAAGCUAUUUAUGGUGCAUGGUGCUUCACUGCAUUGUAUCAUUGGAGAACUUCAAACUCAUAUUCAGAGGCUGUAUGGAUCUGAUUUUCUUGGUCGUAUUGGUAGAAGGUUUUGGCAUUCAUACUUCAUAGUGUUGAUUUCUGUUAGCUUGUAGCAGUGAUAGAGGAUUGAGAGAUUCUGAGUACGAGAGUUGCAGGAAAAAGGAGAUAGAGUUCGCAAAUUUUUGCAGGGCUAUACUUCUGAACUUUCUGUUUAUAAGGUAUUUGACAGAGUGGAGAAGGAGAUGUGGAAGUUGUCUUCUGUUGUUUCUUAGAAAUUGGUAGUUCAUAUCAAGGGAUAGAAGGAGCAUUUGAUUUGAGUGUUUGAAUUUCAUUGCUUCCACCAGACGUACAUCCGCUGUGCCAUCAAUCCAUCCAUCUUGAAGAGUGACUGGUCAUUGUUUUGUAAAUGUCCUUUGCUGCCUAAAACUGGGAGUUGACUUUGAGGAGAAGAUGAAAGACUCGGAAUAUGCCCCAAAUGACAUGUUUGUUUCCAGUACAUCAUAUCCUUUCUUAGAAACAAAUGGUGUACUAUAUUUUGACAUGUUCAUCAAUCUACUUAGCUUUUUCCAGAACGGUUUUCCAUUUUUGUCUCAGUUGAUUGAUUUGAAUCCAUUGUAUUUAUUGAUGCACAUUGCAACCUUCUGUACAGGACUUGUUUGCUAACAUUCCCAUUUCCUUUCCGUGUCUGAUAAGGCAAGCGUUGCAAAA